AUGUCUACUAAACAUAGUAUUUAUAAAAAGAAUAGUCCAAAUAAUAAAUUAGUAGUAUAUUUAAUACAAAGAGAUAUAUUUGAUGAUUUACAAAUGAUUGAUCCAAUUGAAGGUAUAGCUACAAUUGAUAAAAUGAAAUUGAAAUCAUCUAAAAUAUUCGCUCGUAUACGUUGUACAUUUCGUUAUGGUGAACAACAAUUAGAUGAUGUUCUAUCAGGUGUAACAUUUUAUAAAGAAUUUCUUAUACAAACUAAACAAAUUUAUCCAAUAGAUAAAAAUAUAGAUGAAGAUAAGUAUAGUGAAGUACAAAAACGACUUAUUGAACGUUUCGGGGAUAAUGCUUUACCAUUUCAUUUCACAUUAACACAUGAUAUUCCAGCUUCAAUUACAUUACAAAUGGAUAAUAAAAAUUCAUUAGAUGAUAAUCCAUGUGGAAUUGAAUAUGUUCUACAAAUUUAUGCAUCAGAAACACCACAAUAUACAACUGGUAAACGAAAUGCUGUCAAUCUGGUUAUACGUAGACUUACAUUGGCUAUUCCCAAACCAGAUGAUAAUAUUUAUACUAAAGAGAUUAUUCAACCAUUUCAUUUUCAUUCUGGUCAAUUACAUAUUACAGCUAUAUUACCAAAAGAUAUAUAUUUUCAUGGGGAAACAAUACCAUUGAAACUAUUAAUUGAUAAUGAAUCUAGUAAUAUUGUACGUCGAUUAAAAAUACAAGUUAUCCAAAAUGUUGAAAUUACAUUAUUCAAACGUCGUACAAUUCAUUGUAAUAUUGUUGAUAUUGAUACAGAAAAAGGUUUUCCUAUUGAUUCAAAGACAACAGGAUGGAAUGAAAUCUUUCAAUUAAGACCAUCAUUACAAGAGAUAAGAGGACAUACAAUUAUUGCAUUAGAUGGUAAACUUAAACAUCAAGAUACAAAUCUUGCUAGUUCUACAUUAAUAAAAGAUUAUAGAAAGAAAGAAAAUAUGGGAAUUAUUGUUCAAUAUAUGAUAAGAAUUAAAGCUGUAACUGGUUUCGGUGGACGUGAUGUUGAAAUGGAAAUACCAAUAGUAUUAUGUCAUACACGUCAAGAACAAGAUAUUCUCAAAGCUGAAGAAGCGGAUAAUUUAAUCAUUGAAAAAUUUAAAAGACCAUCAACAAAACAACGUCAACGAAGCAAAGAAACAGAGAGAAUGGAUAGUUUCUAAUUAAUAUUUCAGUAGUAUUCAAAGGAUCAUGACAACAAUAAAAGAGUAAUAAUCAUUGUGAA